UGCGGGCGGCUUGCGGGGCUGCAGGGAGGAGCGCCGCGCUGGAAGCGAGCAGCAGCGUCGCUUGAUGCAUCAGAGGAGGCUGUGAGUGAGGAGCAGAGAGCAGCUGAUUCAGGAAACUCCAGGAAGAGCUGCGAGGAGGCCCGUCUGAGCAGGCUCCACUCCCGGGGUGAACAGAGCGCUCAUCCAUGGCUUCAGCAGAGCUCAGGAAUCCUGGAGACUCGUCCACUCCAAAUCUAACCCUGGGAACGGAGGAUGGUUCUACUCCCGGCACAAUCAAGUCCUGCCCAGUCCACGCCUCCGCCGGAGACGAGGCGAAGAGGAGUUUUAGGAAAGGCAUCGUCCGUCAUAAAGACUAUGUGAAGAUCUCCCUGCCGGAGUCCAAAGUCAACCAUCUGCCCACUGAGUGGUGGAAGACGGUGAUCGCUUUCUUUUACGCAGCUUUUAACUUGGUUCUGACCACGGUGGUCAUCACAGUGGUGCACGAGCGCGUCCCCCCUAAAGAGAGCAGCCCUCCUCUUCCUGAUAAGUUCUUCGACUACAUCGACAGAGUCAAGUGGGCUUUCACUGUGACGGAAAUCAAUGGGAUGGUUCUGGUGGCUAUUUGGUUGAUCCAGCUCUUCUUCUUCAAAUACAAGUCCAUAGCGUGCAGACGGUUCUUCUUCCUCAUCGGCACGCUGUACCUGUACCGCUGUGUGACCAUGUACGUCACCACGCUGCCUGUUCCUGGCAUGCACAUGAACUGUGCCCCCAAGCUUCAGGGAGACACGCAGGCCAAGAUCCAACGCGUUCUGCAGCUCAUUUCAGGAGCCGGCCUCUCCAUAACCAACUCCCACCUGCUGUGUGGAGACUUCCUGUACAGCGGACACACAGUGAUGCUCACCCUCACUUACCUAUUCAUCAAAGAAUACUCUCCAAAGUCCUUCUGGUGGUACCACCUCCUGUGCUGGCUGCUGAGCGCUGUGGGCGUGCUCUGCAUCCUGGUGGCUCAUGAGCACUACACCGUGGAUGUGAUCGUGGCCUAUUUCAUCACGUCUCGUCUGUUCUGGUGGUACCACACCAUGGCCAACUUACAGACUCUGAAGUGCUCGCCCAAUAACUACCUCACCAACACCUGGUGGAACCCCGUGUUCAACUUCUUUGAGAGGAACGUCCAGACGUCGGUGCCGUGCUCCUACACCUGGCCCAUCAGCUGGGCCUCCAGCUGCCUGAAAAACCCCUGCAAGGCGUACUCCAUGGUGCAGAGCUCACGGGAAGAGUGACCGGCCCGCCCGGAGCCACGGCCGUGUUGCUCCUCCCGGCACAAACCAAAAGACGACGUAAAAAGAUCUCCACUGGAGGAAGAAAGGAACAUUUAUUGAUUUAUUUAUAACAUUAAGAGCUGAAAAUGGUGCGUCUUUGUAAACAACACUGUCUGGUCGGUUGCUGUAAUUGAUGUGUGUGUCCUCCACGCUAAGUAUUUUUGAAUUAUCAGUGUGUCGAAGCCACAGGGUGCCUUAGUGUAGAUGUACCAAAGCUGCCAUGAUCUGCCUCUCAGUCGACUUUUAUGUGCUUUGAUAUCAUUUGUUUUGUAUUAAUUUUAGCAGUUUUAGUGUCAUAACUAUAGCCUCAACAUUGUAUUAAAAAUUAAAGCAAACCAAAUCGUGCUGGA